UGCAUUGUACAAGCCAAACAAACACUAUGUGUUUUUUGGUGGAAGGAAGUAAAUCUUUUUCCUGGGACUAGCAGAGGAAUGGAGUUGAUGAUAUGCAAAGGUUUAUUUAUUGUAAUAUGUGCUCUGAAGUUCAGAGGUUCAGAGACAUAUACAAAGUGUCUCAAACCAGAUACUGGGAAAAGAACAUUUGGAACUUCAUGCAGUGACGACACCCAAUGUUUGACCGAGUACUGUAGACCUACAACCUGUUCUUGUCCCGAUGGCUCUGUAUUGUACUCACAAACUGGUUUUUGCGUUAAAACUACUGGAGAUACCACCAUAACGGCUAAGAAUGGCGACUGUGGCUACAUAGUCAGCACUGGAGAUAUGAGCUAUAACACUCUAGUCCAGUGGAACAUCAGUGGAGACACGGACACAUACGUCACAUUGGUGAUACUUGAAGUGAACAUGAAUACAUUGUACUGUAGUUCCAAUUAUGUAGAAGUAUUAGAAGGCACGAUGACGCUUAGAAGUGCACUAUGUCGGUCUAAUGACUAUACCGCCAAAUAUCAAGCUUCUAAAUCAAACAGACUUACUGUCAAUUACAGAGGAACUACUAAAGGCUAUACAGGCUUCAGAGCUGUCUUCUUCAUUCGAAACAACUCUGCUGUGUUAACUGAACCAACUGGCUAUAUAGCAAGCCCAGGGUAUCCAUAUCCAUUGAACUACAAAAUAUAUAGCCAAUACACCUGGCUUAUAACAGCUAGACCAGGUCAAGUUAUUACAUUAAGCACAAACGGAAGCAUUGUAUCUACAUCUGAUUACGUUUACAUAUACGAUGGGCAAUAUCGAGUAGAUGUGAUUUUAUUAAAGAGAUACACUGGGCCAUGGUCCAUGCAGUCUGUGACAUCUACAAGUAACUACAUGCUGGUGGUGUUUAGUACCUCUUACAGCUGGUCUUCUAGUUCAAGUUAUUACGGCUUCAGUGGAUCCUAUCAGGUGUAUGGUGUUCUGUAUGGAGAGUCGUGUAACAUUACUGAUACAUGUAUACAAGGACUGACCUGCCUUGGCGGAGUGUGUGGCUGCUUAGCGAGCCAAUAUUAUAACCAGACAAUUUGCAAAAGUAAAGUGCAUCAUGGCUACCCUUGCAGCAAUGCAGACUGGUGUGUGCCGGGAUUAAGUUGUGAAGGACGUCUGUGUGGCUGUACAUCCAGCCAGUACUACGAUCCAAUCAGUGCAAACUGUAGCAACAGAGGUUGCUAUUGGGCACCGUGCCUGUUUUCUGAAGAGUGUAAGCAGGCUUUUGUUUGUUUGGCUUCUACUUGUCGAUGUUCCAGCAGCCAAUAUUAUGACUACAUGAAUCAAAGCUGCAAGAACGCUGUUCUCUAUGGUGACAACUGCUCAGAUUCUGUUAACUGUGUUGACGGUUUGCAUUGCUCCUCGGGUGUAUGUGACUGUCCACUAGAUCAAUCUUACGAUAAAUCACUUCGUACAUGCAAAAACGCGGAAGAGAUAGGGGACAACACAACACUCAUUGCUGUUGCAGUUGUCGCUGCAGUCGGUUGGGCUGUCGCCAUUCUAGCUGUCAUGUUUGUAAUCAUCACAUUUUGCAGAAAUCGAAAGAAAUCUGCCACUAAUGGGGGUGGUAGUGAGUUGAGAAAUACUACAGGAACCAAAGGCAAUGAUUAUAGAAACUUCCCUCAACGAGCAGACCAAGAUUCUUUAGAGUAUGUCAAUAAAGAAUAUCUGGAAGUAACGCCAUCAGUCCAGUCUACCACGACGGUUCAAACCACGAAGCCCGUGACAACCAGACAUGCUCUCGGUGUCAAGCAGCCCGAAACUUCACCCACAUUCAUCUAUAAUAAUGAAAGUUUUCAGCCAGAAUCAAACGAUGAGGAUGAUAUGAUAUACGAACAAAUUUAGCUGGAGAAAAAGUUUGGCUCAAGUCACGAAUACUAAGAUGCUGCCAGUAUACAUGAUUUGCAGAAAUGGUCUUGCUAAUUUGUGUCAUGUAUAUUUAUUAUAGUUUAGUUCAGGGGUUCUCAGCCUGUGGGUCGCGAUCCCCUUGGGGGUCGACUGACGAUUUGCCAGGGGUCGCCUAAGACCAUCAAAAAUAUGGAUUGUUAUUGUCUACUCUUCUAUUGCUGUAUGUGUGUGUGGGGGGGGGGUCGCGGCAGAGUGGGGGAUUGUUAAAAGGGGUCGCCGAGCUUAAAAGGUUGAGAACCGAUGGUUUAGUUAUUUAUUCAGCACAUGUACACACACACACAGCCAGUGCCCACCUAUGUACUUCUUGAUGACGACGAGUGACUUUAAAACACACUGACUGAGAGUGAAAUGCAAUACUUUUUUUUUUGGUUGCAGCAUUAAUGGGGAGGAGACGACCACUGUAACUGUGGUUUAAUGGCUGCAGAUUGUCUUAAAGAAUUGCUAUAUAUUUCUGAAAGACAUCUUACAAUACUUACAUGAUCAGGUCCUUUAAGAGAUGGUAGCUAUGUCUGGGUGACAUGUUUUUUAAUUAGUCUAUUAAGUAGACGUCUUUCUGUAUUACCGUACCAGCAGGUGAUUGCAAAGGUAAUUAGACUAUUGAUGGUAGCUGUUAUAAAUUUCCUUUGUUAUUGUUUUUUUCAAUUGUAAAAUUUUCUACUUUCCUAAGAUAAAACAGUGAUUAAUGUA